AUGAAAGUGAAAGUGACAAGUCACUUGACACGGACAAACAAAAGAUAUCUUCGUGCUGCAUUAUACUUGACUACAGCUUAGAAGAUGCCUUUUCCUUUGAAGAAUAUAAUUAAAGCCACGUUCCUCCAAUACAUUUGCCCUAAGAAGACGCCCUCCAAAAUUGCAGUCAAUAAUGAACAUGGAUCUUCACAUGAAAAAUGGUCUCUUAUCCAGAGAAAGGGUCCGUUAUGGAAGGAAGAUCAAAUGAAGAUGGAAGAGAAUCCACCUUCAACCCAGCGCAACCUGCCUAUGACCAGGAACUUCUAUCCAGUUGAAACUAAUAAGUGUGGCCCACUUUACAUAAGAUUUAUUGGUGUCCACUGGAGGAACUUGUUUUGGAACAUGCUUGGAACUCACUAUUCAACAGCCUGCCAACAUCGCAUUUCAGCAGUGAAGAACCUUUCAUCUCCACUAAGUUCUCAGCUUGCAUUCCUAGACAAAAGUAGACUGCAUGAAGUCCAAAACCGGGGAUUCUGGGUUCUUUCAGAACCCAGACAGUCUGUGAGCAGGGAUGAGUUUCAAAAUCUUUCUCUAGAUCCUGGAUCAGCAGACCAAAGACCAGAGUCUCCAGUUUCCAGCCUUCUGACCAUGAAGAGCAACAAAUCCAAGAAGGAGCCUCUUUGGUUCAGGAAUGAGUCGGAUCUCAGCAAACUUUGCCAAAGCCGUAAAAUGGAUGUUUCUGUUGAGGAAGUGAAAAACAGAAACAUUUUAGUGUUACAAUGGCUGUUCGGGAAUCACCAGUACAAUGAUGAAGAUCAAGAGGUCACCAAAGAACCCGGACCUCCACAGCCAGAGAGCUAUCUCAUCGGUUCAGCUUGUUCCAGCCCUGCUUCUCUGAGUGAUGACUCUGGGUACUCAGAAAUCCUCUCCUGUCCUGAAAAUCAUCUUUUAUCGUCUGGAAUGACUGAAGUCUGGGUGAUGACUGUUUGUGUGGAUGACAACAAGGACAGACCAGCAUCUCCAUUCUCCAGUUGUCUGUCUGAGAUCAGUGAUUGGUCCACAGAUUAACUUAUUGUCUUCACUAAUGAACCUGGCCAUUAGGGUAUAAUGUAAGAAUUUUAUCUGAUUCCCCUCUCAGACUGAACACAAUCUAAAAGGGAAAGGUUUGUGAGAAGGGAGCAUAAAAAUUGAAAUAGCUAAAAAAAAUAAAAAAAAAAGGUUUUAAAUAUUGUCAGAUUGUUUCUUGCUAAGUAUUUGGUAAAUGAUCGAGGUUAAUUCUUUUGAACUUUUCUUUUUGUAGUUUCUAGUAUCAACUCACCCACUAAGGAUAACAAGAAAGAUAUAUAAAUUUCUGGUUUUCAAGGAGUCUCUACCACAUCACACAAAGAUGAACUUCAACAUGUAUUGCUGACAGCUUUAAUGUAUCAAUGUUUUUGAGAUUCUAAACCCUCUUAAAUUGAGGGAUCUAAUUAAAUUUCUUCAAAGCCUAGUUCAGCACUUGAAACAUUAAAUCAUCCUUAAGGAAAUGGAAUAACAUAAAUUUUUUCUGUGUCUUUGACCUUUGGUCAAAUGUAAUAUUUGUACAAUCUGACCAAUGUAUAUAUGUAAUUACUAAAUAAUGUCAUUACUAGUUCAUAGUAAUGAGUUUUUAUAAUAGCUGAGUAAUUAUUGAACCGACUUUGUGGUUCAACUUUGUAAUGAUUCACCUAAUUUCUACUUGUAAGAAAGAAGUUUGGUGGAAAUCCAAUAUAAGCUGAACAAAUUACUUUUUCCGCCUGAUGGACUUUAUCUCAAUAUACCAGUGAACAUAUUACUUUCCAUUCUUUGUCUUUACAAAUACAGUGUUUUUUGUCUUCAGCUUGUCUCGUCUCAGAGUAAAGUUAGCAUUUCUUUCUGAUUAAGAUUAAUCUUGUUUCAAGAUCUAAAAAAUGUUGCAUUAGAACUUAUGUACACUACUUUGUAAUGUAGUGAAUUGCAUUAUAUUUAUAAAUUCAUUCCUUUACUUCUAUAACUUUAUUAAACUGUUUUCAUGUUUGUUGAAAAGAUAUUUUGAAUAAAGUGUGUUUUAUAUCAGAUUUUUUAAUGUGUAGAUUUCACUGAAUAAAUCUUUAAAAGUUGGAAUGUGAUGUGUGUAAGAGUCAAAUUAAAUUGAUUGGCUUUAGAAUAUUGUUACAGUAUAAAGGUCUGAGCAGCUGCAAAACUCCUGGCUGAAAUUAUGGACUUGUUCUGCUUGGAGUGUGUUCUGUCACAGUUUUCACUUUGGAACAAGAAAGAAAAAAGUAAGCAGACAUUAGCAAUUAAAGCUUUUUA